UUCACCGAGUUGCAGCAGGAGAUGGAGAAAGCUCGGGAGUUCAUGAGCAGCUUCGAGCAGCUCCUGAGCAGCCACGGAGCCAUGGCCAUGGAGCGAGCCCCGAGCACCAGCACAGCCCUGACCCAGGGGUCCGGCGAUGGCUUCUCCGUCUGCCAGGACGUGAAGAACUUCACUCCCGAGCAGCUGUCAGUGAAGGUGGUGGGCAGGAAGGUGGUGCUGGUGGGGCAGAAGGAGACGCAGAGCACGGACGAGAAGGGCUCCUUCUCCUACAAGUACGAGGUGCUGAAGCGGGAGUGGGGCGUGAGGCUGGCGCUGCCAGCCGCCCCGGAGAGGAACGUGCCCAUCCAGGUCAGCCCUGCUGCCUCGCAGCCAGGACCAGCCUCCGAGGACGGAGCCACCAGCAAAGCCCAGGUGUAAGAGGAAGGGAGCCACAGCCCGUGGCAGGACCCGAGCAGAGAGCAUCAAGUCCUGGGUUUCAGCCCAGAUGAGCUCCAUCAGCAACGAUGUCAGUUUUUUCACUCUACUGGAAUGCUUUUGUAUCCAAUAAAAAUCCUU